CGUGAGUCAGCUGCGCAACGCUUCUCCAUUCAAAAGUAUUUCAACUUGGUAAAAGACCGCUUACUUAAAAGAGUUUUCGCAUGCUCGUGUGACAGAGGCAUCAGUUUCCCACUUGGGCGUCGGAGACGCACUUCCUGAGAUGUCCCACGCAAGGUACACAGCAAUGACUUUGAGUUACAUUUUCAUCGCGCUUCUUGGAUAUUUUGCCGGUACGGCCACGUCUCAGAAAGGACACAAUGUGCCAGACUUUACUCCUUUCGUCGACCAUCGUCUUCAACAUGGCGUGCCCACGCACCUUCCGGACUACCCUCUCCACCCUUUAUUCCACCACGCCUGUGAAUCAGCUGAGUGCCCGGUAGGGUAUAAGAUAUGCUGCCUUUUAAUCGGGGGCAAUUGCGGGUGCAAAUGUGUGCCAAUGCUCCACCACUGCAGCUACGCAUGGGAAGAUGAAUGCCCGUUGCCACAUCGCCCUAACUGUGCGCAUACAGACGCAGAAGACCUCUGCCACUGCGACUUUGCUGGAUUCUAUGCAGUGCUGGGCUUAUCCAAGUAGAAUGGCCCGGCUUUGCGGUUGAAUCAACAUGACAACCUUCCAUGAGCUUCGAAUGUAUCCACAAAGGCUCAGAAAACGCUAAAUAAACCUCCGGCUUUUGGCUUUG